GUAGAGCGAGUGAAGCCCUGGUGGAAAAACCCUAGAUUUAUAAAACCCAUCGUUCCCUCGCCUGCGGCGCUCGCCUCACUUCACAACCCCAUCCCUACCCGAGUCUCCGGAGCCGCCGCCGCCGCCGCCGCCGCGACAACCACCACAAUGCCGCCCAAGUUCGACCCUACCCAAGUCGUCGACGUCUACGUACGCGUCACUGGCGGCGAAGUGGGAGCGGCGAGCUCUCUCGCCCCCAAAAUCGGACCGUUGGGUCUAUCUCCAAAGAAAAUCGGAGAAGACAUCGCCAAAGAGACCGCGAAGGACUGGAAAGGACUCCGAGUCACUGUCAAGCUCACCGUCCAGAACCGCCAGGCCAAGGUCUCCGUCGUGCCCUCCGCCGCGGCGCUGGUCAUCAAGGCCCUUAAGGAGCCCGAGCGCGACCGCAAGAAGACUAAGAACAUCAAGCACACCGGCAACAUUUCCCUGGAUGACGUCAUCGAGAUUUCCAAGGUCAUGCGCCCCAGGUCCAUGGCCAAGGACUUGAAAGGCACCGUCAAGGAGAUCCUCGGCACCUGCGUGUCCGUUGGAUGCACCGUCGACGGUAAAGACCCCAAGGAUUUGCAGCAGGAGAUCACCGAUGGUGAUGUCGAGAUUCCCGAAGAUUAAAUAUAUCGCAGUAUUAGAGGUUAAAUUUUGGCUAUGCGUUUGUUUCAUGCAUUUGAUUCGACGUUGAGUUGAAUGAAUAUUUAUCUUGGUUGUAUGAUGUUUUUUUUUUUAACGUCAUGAUGUCGAUUUAGUGUAGGUAUUUGGUUGUGCAAGUCUUGAACGGACCUUUUCUGGGCUAUUAUAUGCUUGCUAUAGAUGAUUGAUAUUUCUUUUCCGUUUCUAAUAAGAAUAUUAUGAUCUGUGAUAGUUAAGCUA